AUGUCCACCGUGGACAACCUUUCUUACACCCCAUCCGAGGACUCGGAAGGAACGUACCGCGACACUGCCCAAAUUGCUGCCACUGGGCGUCGCAGUUGGAAAACCCUUGGAGGAAAGGGCAAAGCGGUUUGGCCACCCAAUUUAGAUACAGCCCUCCACUCACCAUCUUGGGCUUCACAGCUUUGGGAAUCAGGCCCUGGCAGCUCUCUCCGUUCUCCCUCUCACAUUCACCCUUCAGCCCCUCACUCUCCCAUGACCGACGGCACGACAGUACCACCCAAUCCUACUCCCAACAACCUUGAUGCACAAUCGGACGAGUAUGCUUGCCCAACCAAGGACAUUGUUGUCCCCCCUCUAGCUACAGAUCUCAGCACCUUCCCCGCACAAUCGGACGACUAUGCUUGCCAAGUCAACGACAUUGUUGACCCAGUUAUUGAUAUUCCUGAUGAUGAUAUGUAUCAGACUGACGAGGGUGACCAGACUAGGAAGAAGAUUCUAGAAAAUAUCCUCCAGCGGUCCCGCGAAGAUGAACGCAACUGGAUCAGGCUUAAACGCCGCUGGCCGAUCUGGCCUUCACACUUCCCAGACACAUUGAUUUCAAACUACAGCUACUAUUCUGGAUACUUCUUGCCCGAAAGAUCACAUUCGAGACAAAGCCAAAACUUAUCACUCAAGGAUCACCUCUCCCGUGCGAUUUCGGGACUGAAAUUGGAACUGAAAGCGGACAUAUUAAAAUUUACUACCACGGCCGUUUUCGACCACGGCCGAGAUACCCCUAGAAUCUGUACCUACACCCCGCUCUCAUUCCAGGAAAAAGUUGCCCAAGACGCUCUCAAAUACCCACCACUUCCGAAUGGCACAAUCCUUCUGAGUAAAACAUUGUUGUGUAUACCAGGAGUCGUGAAUCAGUUGAUUUCGAGUGUCCGAUACUCCUUCUACUGA